AUGGAAGCCGCCGGGCGCCGUGCCGCAUGGCGCGACCAGCGUGAACGUGUCCUCGAUACUGCGUCCUUCACAGCAAUGUCAGCAACCUUCAUCGUGUCCAUCACCCUCCUCGCUCUGGCAUCGCGCACUCGCUCACCAGAUGGACCCAACCUCCAAACCAAGUCAGGCCGCUGCCAUAAACCCUCCCUCUUCGUAGCGCUGCUCGCCGUAUCCACUGCACGGUUGGGGCUGUGUAUUAUCGCCAAGAUGUGGGUGUUUCACCGCCGGCCUCGGUGGCAAGCCGAGCACAUAGAAGACGAACACGUGCACGAAGACGGCUUGGAGCUCGAGCCGUACGUCGGUGUGAUCGAGCCGUGCGUCGGCGUGAUAGACGAACAUCCCGACAUGGUGGAAGCAUCUUCAUUGGGGAGCACCCACUCUCUUCCACUGCCGCAGGCACCGUCCGAGUGCGCCGCGUCGUGUGAGCCGAGUCCAGGCCUAAGUGAGAGCGAAGCCAAUGUUUCCACGCUCUCGGUCGCCCUUGCCACGGCUUCCAGUAGUCCCAGGCAACACAUUUCAUCGCUGUCCAUCGCGUCCACCUUGCCCGUUGGGUCCACGGCCGGCCAAGCGUACCCACCUCCACUACCGCUAUCCUCCGCACUCGCAUACCCGGAGCCGAGCGAGUCCAAUUCCGAGCGGUGGCUCCGGCUGCGCAUAAAGUGCGCCGCGACUGCCGACGUCCUCGCAGUCAAGGUCAUUAACUCUAUGGCGAUCGUGCACGUUAUGCUCUGGAUCCUCGGCUCAGUCGCGUGCUUUUCACAGAUUCCAAACGUCCACGAGGAUAACUGCUACAGAAGCGCUCCGCUCCUCUGGUGGCCGCUGCUCUUCACGACGAUUCUCUUCGGUUGGCUGCACGCCGUGUACUACGCGUACAUGGUUAUUGGUAGUGUCAUUCUCCUUCUCAUCGCAGGCUGCUAUUUGAUGCUCGCGCACUUGUUCGGCUGGCCCGUCCGGCCGUUUCUGGGAAUGGUCCGCCCACGCACGCCGCAGCCAGAAAAGCUCACCGAGGAUGACCUCAAGGCGUGUCCAGUCGUCGCAUACGUCCCCGACCCAUCUGAGCCUUUGCCUGAACCGUCGAUUUAUGAGCCGUCCAAGGCCGAGAGCUUGCAUGAGGGUACAUCGAAGGGCGUCGCAUCGACACUGCUUAAGAAGGUGAUGGGGCUCGAGGAUGACAAGAGCGACCAGGUCUCAGCCGAUGAGCCCAAGGACGAGCCCAAGGACGAGUCUAGGGACGAGCCCAGGGGUGAGCCAGUGCCGCCAGGCGAGGUGGACCCAGCACGCCUCCGACUUCGGGGAGUAAUUCUCAAAGCGCACCAGGUCACCUGUGCCAUCUGUCAGAGCUCGUUUGUGCCACCACGCGAAGUCCCCGGCCAGGAGAUGUACGAGAUCGAGCGCCUGCGACAGCUGCCCUGCAAGCACGUUUUCCACGUCGAAUGCGUUGACAACUGGCUGACAAACCACUCCGGCAUAUGUCCUUAUUGCUCGCAGAACGUCAAGGAUUUGCUCAAGGCGCAGAAGACGGAGGGGGAAAGUGCUCCAGCCGCCCCAGUCGCGCCCGCCCCUGCCAAUCCCCAGCUGCGCGCAGACACGUCCUUGGCAUCCCUCACGCGCGACCUAGCCGCGCUUGCCCUCAAACCUCCCAGCAAGCGCAAGCAGCGCACCAACAAGAAGAACAAGGUCCCCGAAUUCCGGUACCGCGUCGGAGCUCCGCGUCCACUCACGCGUCCCUCUUUGGGCGAGAAGAAGCCCAAGCCCAAGGGCCACGUGCACGUCCGCAUCGAGCCGCGCUCCCGCCGGCACGCGAUGCACCGCCGGCACCGCGUCCCGUCCCCAACGCCCACCGUCUAA